ACCAGUCUAGUCCACGUGCAUGACGAAAUCUAAUAGAAAUCAAAACAAAUAUGGAAAACGUAAGGCCAGGCGGACCUAACAUUCUAAUAACAGGAACCCCGGGAACAGGAAAGUCCACUCUUGGGGCGGAACUAGCGCAACGAUGUUCGCUUCACUACAUCAAUGUUGGUGAACUAGCAAAACAAGAGCAACUAUAUGAUGGCUUUGAUCAGGAAUAUCAGUGUCCAGUUCUAAGUGAAGAGCAGGUUGUGGAUGAAAUGGAGAACCAGAUGACUGAUGGUGGCAAUGUUGUGGAUUACCAUGGUUGUGACUUCUUCCCUGAGCGCUGGUUUGACAUUAUCUUUGUGUUGCGUACAGACAACACAGUUCUAUACAACAGGCUAGAGCACAGGGGCUACUCUGGGAAGAAACUGGAAGACAAUGUGCAGUGUGAGAUUUUUCAGACGAUUCUGGAGGAGGCUCGCAAUGGAUACAAGCCUGAGUUGGUUCAUGAACUGCCCAGUAACACACCUGAGGAAAUGGAGGAUAACCUGGAUAAAAUAGAAGCCUGGAUUCAACAGUGGAAGGCUGCCCACUAGCAGUGAGCCGCUUUGUGCAUAAUAGUGAAAAACAUUAUAAAUGAUCAUACCUCUAAGCUUGAUCUAGUGCUGAACUAAUGAUCAUAUCUGAUAUGCUGUUCAAGCAGUGCUCACAUGUCUCCUGUUUGGAGAAAAACACGCAUUAACUAAUGAAGUCAAAUGAAGGAGGGGGGAAAAGUUCCUGGCAGGGAUAAUUUUACAAAUAAAAUAUGAAUUUAAUUCUAUUUAUUGGAUAUUUAUUUAAUCAUUUGUUAUGCCUGAUUUUCUGAUGAUAUGGAUACAUUUUGGUGUGGUAACCGUAUCUUAUUACUUGCUCAUUAAAGAUGCAGAAAACUAAUUACAUAUUGCAUGCAAGAAAUGUUCCAAUUGAAUAUACUAAGAUGAAAAUGUUUUUAUUUAACAGAACAAUACUAUAUAAAAAGUUGUUUGGCUUUUAUUUUACAUUAACUUCAUGCAUUAAGAUUCUUCCUAGAAUCUUUAAAACUCUAGUUCAUACAAGAAACUGCCAUGUUGUUGUAUUCAUGCCAGUGCUUUAAUGUCUUGAAUGUUUUAUGAAAAGGUUAAAAGGUAAAUGAUUCAUAAGUGAUAUUAUUAAUUGUGAAAUUAUUAUAUUACCUAUAAGCUAUCACUAAUUAGUGGUACAAUUUAGUCAGGAUUUUUAGUGUGUUCACUCUAUUGGUUUUUGAAAAGGUCUCCUGUUACUACUUCAUUAUCGCUUUUUGUGAAAAAUGCUGAUUUAUAGAUCAGGUUUUAUUUUCAUUGAUUUUAAAAAUAUUGGCUGUUUACCAUGUGAGUCCAAAAUGGUGCAUUUUUAGUCAAAUUAAAUAUUGCUGACCUUUGAAGCAUGUAGCCUGCAACCAUUUGUUUAGAAAAGCAAGUUUUCCAUGUAGGUUAUCUGUAGGCUAGGUUGCACAAUUAAAAAAGUUGAUAAAAAAAUAUUCAAUAUUACUUUUGUCCUACUAUUCGGUGCAAAAAAACCUGCUCUCUACUAUUUUGUCUUGAACUACUUUAUUCCUGCUUUUCAUAUUGGGACACAUCUGGAAGGCAUGAUUAAUGCUUAUUUCAUGAUGAAAGUUAUGUUAAUUAUUUAUUGCUGAGAACCAUUUUUUGCUGUUCUAUUGUUAUUGUUAUAUGUGUUUUUUUUAAUGAAUUGUGUAUGCAGCUGUUACGCUUUAGAAAGGAUAUUACUGAAGGACGCUGUUUGAGAAUAUAGAGCAACAUUUCUUCAAGUCUUAGUUCUUGUAUAUAAGUUUGUUAGUUUCAGGUUUUUGGACAUUAUGAUUUGUAUCUUCCAUUUUAAUAUAUUGCCAUACAUCUUCCAUUUAAUUGUGUUGUGGUAUAUGUAAUGGCAGUGUUGUGCAAAAGUUAGGUUUUUUAAAUUUUAUUUACUUUUAUACAUGUAUUUUAACUACUGUUUACAAAUGAUCUUAGCAUUUCAAGUAUUUGGUGCGUUGAAUUAUUCUUUCCAUGUCAACCAAGUGAAUUUCAAAUCAAAGUGAAACAUCAAUCCACUUGGAAACCGACAGCCGUCUUCAGAGAUUUGGCAUAUACUUGGACAUACUACCAUGCACUGACUAUGGUACUAAAGAGGCAGGCUCAUACCCCUGCACAGCAUCCAUACAUUUACAGUUUGUAUAUAUGUUUUAGGUUCAAAAACCAAUUCAAUCCAAACUCUAAAUUACAUUCACAAAGACACAAAUAUACCUUAGAAAUACAAAAAACUUCUUUGGUAAAUGACUUCUGAAUGAAUUUUUAUUAAUUGAUUGAUGAGUUCAUUUGCAGACCAAUUCUGGAAUAUUUUUUUUUAACUUUCCACAAAUUUUUGUUUGGAGAUGGAUGAAAAUAUUUGUGGUAUAAGUUUAAAACUGGAAAACUGUUGAAAUGAAACUGAUCUGUUAGUAAGUGUAAGUGACUGUAAUUUUGUGAAAGUCAACUGUUAACGUUAUAUCUUUGUUAUGUGUCGUACGUGUAAAAUAACACGCAUCUAGUAUCUGGCAAUACUUUGUACUGUAUUCAUGACAUAUCUACAAAAGUCUAUAUAGUGAUGUUUAAAGAUAUAUAUUUUAGAUGACAUAUGUUAAUUUGCUGUUUGCAAUACAUUUAUGCUGACAUAGUUUGCAAAACUGAUUUUAAUUUAAUGAAUUAAAGACAUCAUACAUUUGUUUGUCAAAUUACUCUUUGUUAAUUGCAUUCAUGACAUAUUCCAAUAGUAAAUAUAUGUUUGGAUGCCAAUUAUAUCUCCAUAGUGAUAAUUAUUUUAAAAGUUAAUUCUACGAGUAAUUAAUAACCAUGAGGGAUUUGGGGUUAAAAUUUGAUGUUUUGUAGUUAUCUAUUUAAAGAUGCCAUAUUUUCAUAAACACAUUUUCAUUUGAUAGGUUGAAAAAACAUUCCGUGUAUGUCUUUUGGAAUGUCUGCUUUAUUAAUUGCCCCAUAACUUGGGUAGUGCAGUAGUUAAUUGCUUCUUAUGUUCAUUCCUUGUCAAGGAAAAGUUGUGUUAUACAAGAUUGUACUAGUCUGUUGUAUUCAACGUUACACGUUUUGUGUUGAUGAACAAUAGUGGCUUGACCCUUGUGUGUAAAUCUUAUAAAUGGCAAGAAUACAGAAGUGAUUACAUUGUACCAUCUGCUUCUGUUUUAAUGCAUGUAUAAACUUUCUUGAUCAGCUUCUGUUUAAAAACCAAGCAUGUUAAUGCCCUUGAAAGCAUUAGAAAAUUUAACAAGUUAUAUUCAAAGGUUUCAAUACUUAGUUUAGCAUUUUAAUUUCUGGACAUAUAAAUUGAAAUUGAAAGGUUAUUGUUUGAAUGUAUAAGUAUUAUAACUGGAUUUGUUUGUUGCUUUGUACCUUAUUACAUGAUGAAUUAAUCAUUAAAUAAAAUCUUAAAAC